AUGGGCUGGCUUUGGAACUCAUCAACUCCUACGAAGAGCUCUUCCGAGUCUCAAGCAACUCAAUCUCCAGCACUAGAAGGCCUUCCGAACCCGACACCACCGCAGUUACAAUCACAAACACAAACCCAAAAGCUCACCCGGGAAGAGCAAGCAGAUGCCGAAGUCGCGCAGCUAUGGGCAAGCCUGAAAAAUGACAUCAACCAGCCCGAGCAGACACAAGAAGCCUCGUCAAAAUCAGACUUACAAUCUUCGCCAUCCUCAAUAGCUCCCGAAUCUCUCUAUCCCGAUACCUGGUCCUGCAGCGACGCCUUCGACUACGCCUUCUUCUGCCAGUCGCUAGGCGGACAAUUCGUAAAUGUCUACCGAUACGGAGAGCUACGGUCGUGCAGCGAGCACUGGGAUAACUUCUGGCUGUGCAUGAAGACGCGGAGGUUCCCGGAAAUGGAGAAGAAGAAGGUCAUUCGGGACCUUAAUCGGAAGAAGGCAAUCAAGUAUAAAACGGGACCAAGUAGUGAGGAUGUUUGGGCUGUGAGGAUGGAGCCCGUCAAGGGGUGCUUUCAGGGUGAUUUUGCCGCGCUGGAGAGGCAGAUGAAGGCCGACGAGGAAGCCGAGGCACGGGCUAGACAUCCGUCUGAGACUAUCUAA